AUGCCGCCUAAGGGAGGAAACGCGAAGAAAGAGUCCGGCAGGGCCAAAAAGGCCGAGAACGAGGCCAAGAAGGCUGCCGCAGCGGAGGCAGAGAAGGAGCGCAAGGAGGCAGAGCAGUGGUCCCAGGGAUCGAAGGCCAACAAGGCCAAGGAAGAGAAAGAGGAGAAGCGCAAGGCCGAGCUCGCGCGUAAGGCCGAGCUUGCCCGGUUGCUCGCGGAAGAGGAGGCCAGCGCGGCCUCGAAGCCGAAGGCUGCUUCGAAGGCAGGAGCAGCGAAGAAGGGCUCGGCGAAGAAAGACGUCAAGCCCGCUGGGCCUGGGGCGAUCGCUGCCGGGGGAGGUUUGGGUGCUGUUGAAGCGGUGGCGGACGACGGGGCGCCAAAGGAGGUCGAGUCGUACGCUGCGACAGGUCUCGACAAUGCGCUCGACUUGUUGGAGGUCGUCACAGCGAAGAUGGACAAGGCGAGUGUCGGUUCUAGGGCUGCAGAUCUCGAGAGGCACCCGGAGAGGAGGUUCAAAGCAGCAUUCGAGGCAUACAAGGAGAGGGAGAUGCCAAAUAUCAGAGCAGAGCAUCCGGGAUUGCGUCUGAAUCAGUACCAUGAACUGCUCUAUAAGCAAUUCCAGAAAUCGCCGGAGAACCCCUUCAACCAGGUCACGGUGGCGUACGAUGCCAAGAAGGAAGAGAGGAUAGAGGCACUGAACCAGCGGAAUGCUGAGAUCACAGGCAGACUGAGGUCACCAUGA